AAUGAAGUGAUCAGGGUGCUGGAGAUACGUCAAGUAUCCUGUUACCGGUGGUCCAGAGCUAGCGUCGCCUACUGACACUGCAGAAGACGCUCCAUCAGGUUCUGUAGACGCACAAUACACAGUGGCUGCGUCUCAGAGACGCUUAGCAUUUCUUGACUCGCUAGAGGUUUGAGAAUUAGCCUGUCCCUGAACUUGCGUACCUUCUUGGACCUCAUGAAGCACUCUGUUCCGAAUUUAACGCUGGUAGAACCUUUUCUCUGUUCACGUUGCACCACGCAUUAAGGGAACAGUCCAUGUUGCAUGUAGUGAGCACUUUUCUGUUUUCCUGCUGUUUGUAGCUGCAUGCUAAAUCUUCGCACGAUGUCACUCACCAUUUCUGGAACGUUUUAAUUAUGAGCAUUUGUCCUGUCCAUCUCCACUGACGUCCCUCAUCCAACUGCCAACUUUUCGAUGCACAGUGCAUUCGAUGGUUGAGCUACAUGAUUACAGAAACAUGAUUGGUCAACAUGAAACAUGGCAGAGAUUGGUCUGAGGUGAUGUUCUGUGAUAUUUUCACUCAUGUCACACCAUCAAACCCUUUCCUUCUGAAAGUUUGUUGUUAAUAACAAACCUGUCUUUCCUCCAUCUCAAACUAACCCCAAUGUUGUCUCAAGUUUGUGUAUUUGGUUUCUUGGGACUUGAUUGGUUUAAUUUGUUUGCUCUUUUCCCACAAGCUUUUUGGCUUGUUUUAAGCACAGUAAGCCAUUGGAUUGGUCUUCAGGCCAUUUAUAUCGUUUCCUCCACGGAUACUGAAAUGAAAGUUUCCAAUCCUCUGGAAGGAGUUUAUUGUGAGUUUGUUUACAUUCCUCUUGCUGGACUUUUUGGUGAUGCUACUAGAUGAUAGAACCAGCACACUUGAAAGCUCCAGAAGAACCUGCACCUUCUGGAAGUGAAACCAUGGCUGAGGAUGAACCUUCCGAAGAACCAAUGGCAACUGAGGCUGACCCAGGAGCCCUUGUGGUUGAGCCAACUAUAACAGAACCAAUUGAAUCUGUUCCAGAAGAUCCUACUUCAGAACCUUUUGUAACAGAAGCUGUCCCAGAAGCCAUUGUUUCUGAAUCGUCCAUAAUGGAACCAACCGGGGAAGAAGCAACUCUUGAAGCUUCUGGAGCCGAAGCCCGUGUUACUGAAGAAAAAUCUGCCGAAGAACCUUCAGCUCCUGCUGUUGAUAGUGAGCCUGUGCCUGAAGUGGUGGCAGAAAGUCAGAAAGUACCCGAGACUCCACCAGUAACCCAAAGUGAACCUGAAGCCGCCCUCCCUGAGGUCCCUGCACACGUCCCUUACCUCCUGAUUGGUGGAGGAACGGCGUCGUUUGCAGCAGCGAGGUCCAUUCGUGCCCGUGACCCUGGUGCUCGGGUUUUGAUCGUGACUGAAGAAGCCGACCUGCCGUACAUGAGGCCUCCUCUGUCCAAAGAGCUGUGGUUCUCUGAUGACCCCGCUGUCACAGAAACACUCCGCUUCAAACAGUGGAACGGCAAAGAGAGGAGCAUUUAUUUCCAACCUCCUUCUUUCUACGUGAGCCCCAGUGAGCUGCAAAUGGUGGAAAAUGGGGGCGUGGCUGUACUGACAGGCAAGAGGGUGGUGCAGAUGGACGUCAGGGAGGAUAAAGUUAAACUGAGUGACGGUGCUGAGAUCUCCUAUGACAAGUGUCUGAUUGCUACAGGUGGAAUUCCCAGGAACCUGCAGGUAAUUGAGCGAGCCAGCGAGGAGGUGAAGAACAGGACGACGCUUUUCAGGAAGGUUGAGGAUUUCAAAGCGCUGGAGAAAGUUUCCAGAGAGCUGAAGUCCAUCACCAUCAUCGGGGGAGGAUUCCUGGGCAGCGAGCUGGCAUGCGCCUUGGGCAGGAGAUCUCAUGAUCUAGGCCUGGAGGUGAUCCAGCUGUUCCCGGAGAAAGGGAACAUGGGAAAAGUUCUGCCCAAGUACCUGAGCAACUGGACCACAGACAAAGUGAAAAGAGAGGGUGUCCAGGUCCUGACGGAGGCUGUUGUUAAGAACGUGUCCUACAAGGACGAAAAAGUGGAGAUAAAACUGAAAGACGGGCGACUGGUGAAGACAGAUCACAUCGUGGCAGCCGUGGGGUUGGAGCCCAGCAUUGAUCUGGCGAAAUCGGCCGGCCUAGAGAUCGACUCGGACUUCGGAGGCUAUCGGGUGAACGCUGAGCUGCAGGCGCGCUCCAACAUCUGGGUGGCAGGUGAUGCUGCAUGUUUCUAUGACCUCAAGCUGGGUCGGAGGAGGGUGGAGCAUCAUGAUCACGCAGUGGUGAGCGGUAGACUCGCCGGAGAAAACAUGACCGGAGCCAGAAAGCCUUACUGGCACCAGUCCAUGUUCUGGAGUGACCUGGGCCCUGAUGUAGGAUAUGAAGCCAUCGGUAUUGUAGACAGCAGUCUCCCAACUGUAGGAGUGUUUGCAAAAGCUACUGGCAAGGACACACCCAAAGCAGCAACUGAGCAGUCAGGUACAGGAAUCAGGUCAGAGAGUGAGACGGAGGCGGUUGCCAGCGCUCUUUCCAUAGUGACAGCAGCUCCUGUCCUGCCCACACAGCAGGAGAAUUAUGGGAAAGGAGUGAUCUUUUAUCUGAGGGACAAAGUGGUGGUCGGCAUUGUGCUGUGGAACGUCUUUAACAGGAUGCCCAUCGCCAGGAAGAUCAUUAAAGAUGGAGAAGAGCAUGCGGAUCUGAAUGAAGUGGCCAAGCUGUUCAAUAUUCAUGACGACUAAAAGACUAAAUACACACACUGUAAUUGUGAAGCCUGGGAAAACACCUCUGCACAAAAUUUUACACACACACACACACACACACACACACACACACACACACACACACACAAAUUUGCCUGUGAACUCUCAGACCUGUGAUUCUGCCUCUAGCAGCGGCUCGCUAAUGGACUGGUCAGAUCAGUACUGUUCAUCCUCUGCUGAUGAAAUCAUGCCGUUGAUCCAGGCACAGUGUACAUGGUUUUUUUUAGUGAGGUCAGUAGCUGUAUAUUUGCAAAAUGUUUCCAUCCUCUCUUUCCUCAAGCCUCAACUUUUUUUUUUUUUUUUCUUUUUGGAAGAUGGUGAAACCCCAGUUAGGAUCUCCGGCACUCUGCACUGCCAUUCCAGUACUACUUUAACACACCUUUAUGUUAACUACUCUACAGAUGUGGUCACUUAAAACACAAUUUCUUUCUUUUUUUUUUUUUAAAUCAUAACCCGUUUGCAGAAAGAACAAUAUAUUUGAAUCAAUGUUUCAUAUUUGCUUCAUGAUUUGUAAUUGAAAGUAAAUAUGUGAUGUACAGGUUUGAGCGUGGCUGAUUAGCAUAUUUAUGCUAGCUAUACGGUAGCUAUACAGCAAUUCAGAUGUUUAUGAUUCAGUGUUUUGUAUUACAAACAGCUUCAUCCACCAUUUUCUGGAUUUGCAUUCUGGGUAAAUUCUGAUCCUGAUGUUGACUCGAGAUCCCUCCAGCCUCCCUGGGGUCAACAAACAACUCUGACUUGACUUGGUGGUAAAUUAAAGAAAUGCCUCUUCACGUGGGCAAGGGUGUGUUGAACAGUAUUGGAAUUACUGUAGGGGCCAAAGCGUCUCGUACUCAUUUCCUUGGAUAAACUCGAGCUAUUGCAGUGGCUCUGAUCGGGGCAAUUCUGCCGAACCAUGCGACAUGGUUUGUUGUUCUCAGACUUGAUUAAAACAAAUUAUUUUUGAA